AUGUCCGACACCCUGGGCACGCGCCUAGCCAAGGUGCUGCCAAAGUCCACCACCUUUCACGUCCACCAUCUCUCGACGCCCCCCACAAAAUGCGAACCUUUGUGCUCACCACCUCCGAAUGAGCGACCAGACCGAACAUAUUGCGAGAAACACUUCCUCUGCAUAUCCAUUGACCGGCCAGUCGGGACGGAAGAGGUCAAGAACAAGCAGGUGCUCAUCCUGGGCGUGGAGGUCUUCAUCUUCACGACAGCGCGGGCCACAACCAUAUUUGUUUCCAAGGCCGACUCAACGGGAUACCUGCACAUCCUCAACCUCCCGAAAGGCACGCCGAGCCCGAUCCGAGAAGUCUGUGCCACCUUUGUCAACUUUCUGGUCGACACGCGGAGGAGGAAGGACGUGCAGCUGGUGAUUAGUCUGUUCGCGCGCGCCCAGGACCAGUAUCUGUUCCCCGGCAGCGUCAAAAACAAGGGGAAACAUGUUUUGGAUGAUCGAGGUCUCGUGAAGUGGUGGUGCCGUGUUCUGGACCCUAUCCUCGGCAAUCGGAUUGGAGGCUACUUGGUGGUUCCUGGUCACGAUGCGCACGAAACAAAAGCCUUCCUCCCCAAGGGAAGCACGCGCUGGACAACAGAUCACCCCUUGGAAAAGAUAUCGCAUUACACCAAAGAGUUCGAUUGGGUUCCGCCUAGAUGUCUAAUUCCCAAAUACCCCGACGACCCAAAGUCGCGAUUCCGAGACGAACUCGACGACGAAGCAACACGCACCAAGUCGUUCCGCCUUACCGGAAACUGGAAGAGCGUAAAGACGCUGGACACUUUCUGGGAGAUGAUGGCCUUUCGCCAAGAGUGCUCGAGUGGCAGAUUGACGGGAUUCGUCUGGAUCGUCUUCGACGAUGAGGCACAGGAUGAUACGAAGAAUAGCGUGCUGCCGACACCCAGUGUUUCUUCCACGGAACAGCCUCAGGCGCCAGAGACGCCAAAGAAGUCGCGCACCUUAUCCAAUGUGGCAGUCAACACCACGCCUCGGAAGCUGUUCACCUCGAAAACGACGGCAGGAGCUGUGCCAGCCUCCGCAACCAAGAAGACGACCAAGAAACCAAAUAAGAAGAAGAGGAGGAAGUUGACAGGAAUCGUCAUUGCACGAGCCCCGCGCAUUAAGACCGCCGCGAAGAAUUACGAACCAAAUGCUCCGUCACAUACUGCGCACUACGCGUGGAAUGAGGAAGGCCGCGGGGAGCGUAUUGUUCGGGAAACCGACUAUAAGCGCAUGGUCGAGCUGUUGCUGCAUCUCGACUUUUCAACUAUCGACAAAGCCGCGGCCAGUACCAGCCGCUGGACAGGGGAGGUGGGCAUGGGGGCAUCGUUCGGAUACGACGUCGUGGGUACGCGUGCGAUACCAGCUGGCACAAACGGUGCGAAUCCAAGCGAUCCAUCAACCAACGACCUGAAUGGGCUUGUUAAGAGGAAGAGAGCGGAAUCCGGCGCCGGUUCGGAGGUGAACACCCUUGGCGCAGGAGUGAUUCGCAAGAAGCCCAAAUCCGAUGACACGGCCGCCCCCACAGUAAACACCCUCAGCGCUGGUCUGGUGCGGAAGAAGCCAAAGAAAGACUGA